CAUGGGUCGCAUGCACGCUCCGGGAAAGGGCCUGUCCCAGUCAGCUCUGCCCUACAGACGCAGUGUGCCCACGUGGCUGAAACUGACCUCCGAUGAUGUCAAGGAGCAGAUCUACAAACUGGCCAAGAAGGGUCUGACCCCCUCCCAGAUCGGUGUCAUCCUCAGGGACUCACAUGGUGUUGCCCAAGUUCGCUUUGUGACUGGUAACAAGAUCCUGAGGAUCCUGAAGUCCAAGGGGUUGGCGCCCGAUCUGCCCGAGGAUCUCUACCACCUGAUCAAGAAAGCCGUAGCCGUGCGUAAGCACCUCGAGAGGAACAGGAAGGACAAGGACGCCAAGUUCCGGCUGAUUCUCAUUGAGAGCAGGAUCCACCGCUUGGCCCGUUACUACAAGACCAGGAGAGUCCUCCCCCCCAACUGGAAGUACGAGUCCUCCACAGCCUCCGCCCUGGUCGCAUAAACUCCUCCUCCUUCCAACUGAACAGAAUAAAAUGUCUCUGUAAAUUCCU